AUGUUGCCAAUGCAUCAAACCUUGUCUGCGGGCGGCGCAGCACCGGGGGCCAAGGACCGGCCCUCAACCCCAGAUUUACCAGACACAAAGGAGGCUGUGCCAGAGGCACCAUCACCGCAACAGGAAACGUGGAAGCCAGAACAAACUGCGGAUGAGACUGGCGAAAGUAGUCAUGAGCACAAAGUUUCCGUUUCGCUGUGCCAUCAACAACAGCUGCCCUCUCGACAACAACCGGUUAAAUUUGUCAGGGAAAAGGACGGACAAUGGGCGCUCUCAAGAGACGGGAUGCUCAUCAACAAUCUGUCGUGGGUGGUUGGAUUCAUGGAACUCGCCAACGCGGGUGACUUUGCCGCCAACGUAUGGAACGACAUUCCCGUACCGGUGUAUGCGAUUGUCUUCAUGGCGAUUGGGGCCACAGUGGCGGGUGUCUUGUCGAUUUUCGCGUUUCGAGAUGCCAGGCGCGCACGUUACAAUGUCCGAUACUUGAGAACGCAGAGAAAGCAGCUAUUCGAGGAGAAGAAGCAGUUGGAGGAGAGGUCCGAAUCGACGCUAGAGACAGAGGUCAUCUUGGCCAUCAACUUCCGCGAACUUGGCACCGAGCUAGUCACGCGAUGCAUCAUGGACUUUCUGAUGGGUUUUGGUGCCGUCCUGAUUUGCAUCGGCACCUACAUGGCCAUUGGCGGUGCUAACCCGUCAGUCUUUCUCGCGUCCAACCUGCUGUCUGGAUAUAUCGGCAACACGCCGAUUGCUCUCUUUGGCCUCUUCAACUCUUCCUGGGCCGGCUACAUCUUUUGCAAGGCCCAAGGUCAUGUCACCGCGUCGAGGAGACUCCUUGGCCCCGGUACGGCCACGGCCCUUGUCAAAAGACGAGCUCGCAAAGUUCAGGUCUUUUCUGUCAUUAACGGCACGGCUACACUCCUCGGCGGCGUAGGUUCCAUGAUCACAGCGACCCGAUGGUGGGGAUACGUCAUCCUCAUCCCCGUUAUCAUCUCCUCGUUUUUCUGCAAUGUGUGGUGGCGAAAGAUGAUGGGAUAUACACGAUCAGAAGGCCAUCCAGCCAUCAUCCGAGACGAACUAAUAGUCGCCCUUGAAUUCGCUGCUGCCGCUGAAGUCAGGAGCGCCAAAGACCCUGAGGCUCCUCCGCAGUGGUGCUCCGAGUUGCCCAGCUCGCUGGCAGACAUGCUUGAGUUCUUGUCUCGCCAUUCACUCCUUCACCAAUACUGCGUCAAGAUCAUGGCAAACUCGGAUAUUUGCCAAGCACUUGGGGGGAAUGCAGCUGACGUGACCGAGCUGUCUAUCAGUCCCAACGACAUCUUGGCUCUUCCGGCCAACCUCCAACCAACUCUCCUUGAGACAGCUCAUAAGGUUACCCGCGACGUGAGCCCCGACCACUUCAAGAAUAGAGAGAGAUAUCUUGCAGAACUCCUCGGUACAUACUGCACCUUGGCACCUCGCCAUCACGACAGUCACGAAGACACCGAAAGCGCUGGGCGCAUGGAUGACGGGGUAGUGGAGAAGAUCUAG